AUGAGUCAGGAGUCCGAGGACGAUGCGAUCCUCGACCCAACUGCAAUACCUUUAUCCAGUCAAAGCUAUGAUUCCGCGUUUGAAAGCGACGCAGAAAUUCAGAGAAAAAAGCGCAAAUCUCAUGACUUGAUAUCCAAGGCAGAGAGAAGCGAUGCAAGCUUCAAGAAAGCAAAGCAGUCCCUAUGGGAUGAAUCAGAUCGAGAAGAGCAAAGAAGAAGACGACAGCAUCUUCUUUCCCUGUCUGCCUACGACAGGCACAAGCUGUUUGUCAACGCCUAUUUGCUGUCCUGUCCUGGUUCAACAAGUCUCCUCAAAAGAGACACCACUAAGGACAAGAAUGACUAUAGCAUCCUCUAUGAGAAUCAUCGUUUCCUGUGGAACUCACAGGAUUCCUCAGAUUCCUGGGAGGCCUGCUUGGCCAAGAAGUACUAUGACAAGCUCUACAAGGAAUAUGCCAUCUGUGAUCUUCAGUUUUAUGAAGCAGGAAAAGUAGCCAUGCGGUGGCGGACAGAGAAGGAAGUGAAAGAGGGUCGUGGCCAGUUCUCAUGUGCUGAAAAGAAUUGCACUGCUGAAGAAAGCCUCAGAACUUGGGAAGUGAAUUUUGGGUAUUUUGAACAAGGAGAGAAGCGAAAUGCCCUCGUGAAGUUGCGGCUUUGUCCCCAGUGUUCCUGGAAGCUCAACUACAGACACAGGAAGAAAGAGGUGUCCAAGAAGCAAAAGUCAGACGAGCUGCAAGAGACGAAGAAGAAGAAGAGGAGAAGCAAAGAAGAAAGUGGGAAAGAAGGAAUGAAUAAGAACAGGGCAGUGAAUGAAGAGCCAGAGACAGUUCAGGAAAAUGAGAAGCGCGAGGAGCCUGAAGAUGCCGAAUCCAAAAUCUGGAGAGAACCUAUGGCAGAGACUAUAGAGAAAUCAAGAGAAGAAGAAUUUGAGGCUUAUUUGGAAGAUUUAUUCAUGUGAUUGCCAUGUGAAGAUGUCUCUGUGAUAACUUAUUGUGGAUUUGUUUCAUAUUUUUUUCCCUUCAUUAAUUUUUGGCCUGUUACUCACCUUUAUGGUUGUUCUCAACCCUGUUG